AUGGCCUCAGCAGUCAGCCCCUCAAGUCAUCUCCUGCACAUCCACCCUUACCCCUACACGCCAGCGUUCGAAGCAGUCCACUCUGCACUCUGGACCGUCAACGACCCGGAAGAGGAGGUGAAAAUCCACCGAAAGCUCGUACUCAAUGUUCUCAAGGCAGCUCAAUCGUAUCUCCUAGACAUCCUGGAAGGGUUCGAUAAGCAUGACGCCCUUCGCGACUUCCGUGACGCCGCCAUCAAGGUCGUCCAAGACCAGCGGGAUACGGACGUGCGAGAGCGAGACGAUCGUGUGGCGCGGCUUGCCAGUCUCACUCCCAACAUGCUGUACGCAGAGCGGGCCAAGUGGGUGCUCGACGGUAUCGUACCUCUUCCUGACCCCGCGCCGCGGCCCGACGUACCAACACUGCUCGAGGAGGCAGUACAGCGUGUGGCGGACCGACGCGUCCGCGCAGGAAACCACCACGAGGCACCCGUAUACAGGUUUGCGACCUCUGUUGUGAGGGCUAUCGCUGGAUAUGUCCAUGUCACUACGGACUGGAGGCGGAUUCUGUGGCAGCUCUCCGUGUAUGCCUACCCGAAGCGGGCGAGGGAGCCGGCCCCAGUGGCUCAGGCCGUGAUGGAUAUGAGAGACGGUGUCAGGGGGGCCGUUUCGGGACUCGCGAAGGAUGUUCGGAGACAGCUCGGCCCGGCGACGAAGCUCUAUGUCGAGUAUCGCGACUGCAAAGUUAGGAACGCGAGGGUUGGGAUUACACUCUAA